GGAGGCAGCCAAUCUCCUCGCAGGAAUGUAAACAAACAGUGGAGAGGAAAAUGGUCAAAAUGUAAUUCAUGCAUGAUAACAUCAUUGUCUUUCCCAAGGGAAACCCCCAAUUCAUUCUUCCACAAAACCCUAACAAUCAACAGAUGGGUGAGCAAUUCCACUCAGAGUCCCAUGAACCCUUCACUACUCUAUUACAACCCACCUCUACUACUACGGAAACCGAAUCCACCAUCACCACCGUUGCCGCCGAUGAUAUUUCCCUACAACCCUCAUCUUCUUCCAAACUUCCGUUCCGAUCCCGGAAGAUCAGAAAGGUUUCUUCCACCGCCACGCCCAGCGGCUCUGACGGAAAAUCUGAACCAGUCUCUGAGGAUGAUUUGUUAAAAGGCGGCAAUAGAGCCUGGAAGAGAAACGCAGCACAGUCAACUGCGGCUUUACCCACAAUUGUGAAGUCAUUGUCGUGUGAAGGCGAACUCGAUGUGGCGCUUCGGCAUCUGACCAAGUCCGAUCCACUUCUCGCUGCCUUGAUCAACACUCACCAGCCGCCGACUUUCGAUUCUUUUCACCCUCCAUUUCUUGCCCUGGCCAAAAGCAUUUUAUACCAACAACUGGCCUACAAGGCCGCGACCUCAAUCUACACUCGCUUCGUCGCGCUUUGUGGUGGCGAGGCCGGUGUUGUUCCCGACGCCGUGCUAGCCCUCUCGCCGUCGCAGCUCCGGCAAAUUGGAGUCUCUGGUCGAAAAGCUGGUUAUCUUCACGACCUCGCUAGCAAGUACAAGACUGGAAUUCUGUCUGACUCAUCAAUUAUGGGAAUGGAUGAUAAGUCACUCUUCACAAUGCUCACCAUGGUUAAGGGAAUUGGAUCUUGGUCCGUACACAUGUUCAUGAUUUUCUCGCUCCAUAGACCAGACGUUCUUCCAGUAGGAGAUGUUGGUGUACGUAAGGGCGUGCAAUUUUUAUAUGGAUUGGAAGAAUUGCCACGGCCAUCGCAGAUGGAGCAGCUAUGCGAGAAGUGGAAACCUUAUCGGUCUGUUGGGUCAUGGUACAUGUGGAGGUUUGUUGAGGCAAAAGGUGCCCCACCGGCCAGGGCGGCUGUCGCAUUGGUCGAUGGUGCUACCUCGGAGCAGCAACAGCAACAGGAGCAACAACAGCAGCCACAACAGCUUCAGCUUGUGGAUCCCAUCAACGGCAUUGUGAACCUCGGGGCCUGCAUUUGGGGACAAUGAGCUGGAGUGAAAGAUGUUUUUGUAAUAUUUUCAUCAAUAUUACUGGCAUGCUUUAAUGUGAAGAGACAGAUCGUCCGUGCAAUUUGAGAAACCGGGAAGGAAAUUCGUGAAGGUGCAGUACGCUUCAAAAUCGAGAUGCAACUAUUUGGGUUUUUAUUUUUAUUUUUUAAUGUAAUAUAAUCCAUAUUUGUGAAAUUUUUAGAAGCUAGAAUCUAUGCAUAAAUUAUCCAGGUUGUCUGUAGAGCCACAUAAAGCAGACAACUCCAUUCUUGUUGAGUUGGGUUUUUACCCUAACAGUUAUUACAGCUGCACCUCUAAUAAAAUGAGAUGGUACACUGCGUUAAUUAUUCAAAUUGAAAA